AUGUCUUCCUCCAACCACCAGAAGCCGACACUUCCUAAGUUCGAACCACUACCUCCAACCAAUUUCAUCAAUCGACUGAUCAAUCGCAUUCUUGCACCAUUCUUCUACCUCCUCUUCAGCAUCGUAUUCAGCAUCAUCUUCGUGCCCAUCUUCGUUAUGAUCGAUAAUUACAAGCAUGGCCGCGGCAAAAAUGGAGGACAGCGGUUCGCAACUGAUGAGUCGUCGAAGCACUAUCAAAGCAGACCCAACAAAGCUACCUCCUGGAUGCGAUCGUAUGGUGAGAGCUACGGCCAACCAUCUGGGCGUAAGGCUGGCGGAAGAGGAUAA